AUGAAUAUUCAACAUAAAUUACCUUUCCAAAUACCUAGGAUACUUAGAUCACGACCUUCUACUAAAUUAGUGAAAUUAAUUUUACUAUCGGUUGUUUUCAUUAACAUUCUUUAUUUUUCAUUUUUUUACCUUGGUGAAUAUAGGGCAUUUUCUGAUUUGACUAGAAUAUAUUCGGAUCCUUAUAGAAAUUCAAAUGAUCAAUCACAAAGCCCUCAAAGUUUAAAUAAAGGUGGUAAAGGAGGAAGAUAUAGUACUGCUUUUGAAAAACUUUUAAAUAAAAAAUUUGAAAAAGUUAAAAGUGAUAAAGAACGUUAUUGGUUAGCUCAUACUGAGUUAACUGAAAUUUCAGUUGAUAUACCAAUUGUUAAUUUUCUAAAACAAUAUCAAAAUAAUAACGAUAAUUCUUGGUUGACCAAAAAUGCUUUAUUUUUCGACCCAAGAUUUACUUUAUCAAUGUAUAUUAAUGAACUUAAAACCAAUUUUUUACAAUUUAAAAAACCUGAUCAAGAAGGUAAAGUUGAUGCUAAUUCUGUUCCAACCAUUAAAUUACCUUUCCAUUGGUCUGAUUGGAUGGAUUUAAGUUUAUUGAAUGAAGAUUUAGCAAAACCAAUUGAUCAAAGAGUCAAUUGUGAUUACAUUAGACAACAUACUAAUAACAAUCCUGAUCCUUCAUAUUUUUGUAAAAACAAUGAUCAAUUAUCUGAUGAAGAAAUUAAAAAAUUUGGAUUUCAAUCUAAAAGUCAAUUACCGGGUUUUAUAAUUCAUGGACACUCAUCUCAUGAUGAUCGUCCAUUCAAUGAUUUUAGAGUUUUAGAAUCAAAAUCUUAUGCUUUAACUCAUUUACCAAAACCUCAUCGAGUUAUAUUAUUAAAUGGUGAUAAAAAUGGUGGUACUUUUGAAUUUGAAGUUGAUUUAAAUGAUAAUACUAGACUAGUUGAAUCAAACAUUAUUAAUAAUUAUCUUUCAAGUAAUAAUUUAGAUUCUUCAAAUUUUAAUGAUAAAACUGUUUUAAACUUGAAUCAUAUCAAAGAAUAUCAACAAUUGUUAGAUUCAGUUAAACCCCGUUAUUUAACUGACGAGGAGGAUAUUCAAGGAAUGUAUAAAGUUUUGAGAAAACAAACCGAUCCAAAACAAUCAAGAGAAUUGGAAUUACCAGCCAAAUUGUUUGACUAUCCAGAGACCAUGAUUCAUAAUCAAAUUUAUUUUUACGAACAAAAAAAUGAUGUACCAGUUGAUAAUUUACCAAUUAACGAACGUCAUUAUUAUGAAGGUUUAAAACAAUGUUCUAAUUAUGAUUCUAAGAAUGAACCAACUUAUUUCAAAAUGGCCACUAUUAGAAUUGAUGAUGAUCGUAAUCGUGACCGUGAAUGGGGGUGGCAUUAUGAUUGGAGAUUUUUCAAUGGUGCUCUUAAUUAUGAUAGUGUUGGUUGGACUCAAUCAGAGUUAAUUGUUAGAACCAAUAUUAUUUUAGAUCGUUUAUUAAGAAAUUGGAAUAGAUUUGCUGAGGAAAAAGGAAUUGUUACUUGGAUUAUGCAUGGACCAUUAUUGAGUUGGUAUUGGGAUGGGUUAAUGUUCCCAUUUGAUGUUGACAUUGAUAUUCAAAUGCCAAUGAUUGAAUUAGCUCGUUUAGCAAAAGAUUAUAACCAAACAUUAGUUUUAGAAGAUCCAACUGAAGGUUAUGGGAAAUUUUUAAUUGAUGUUGGUACUUAUAUUCAUAAUCGUGAUAUUAGUCAAAAUUCAAAUCAUAUUGAUGCAAGAUUUGUUGAUGUUGAUUCGGGUAUUUAUAUUGAUAUUACUGCCUUGGCCAAAUCAAAGGCAAACACUCCAGAAGAAUAUAAUAAUAAUGCCUUGGUCAACAUUAACAAAGGUUUUAACGAUGAUCAAAUUGAAAUUUAUAAUGAUCGUAGAAAACAUUUCUAUACGUUAGAGCAAUUAUCACCAUUAAAAUAUUCAUUAAUUGGAGGGGUGCCAGUUUAUGUUCCUCUGACUAUUACCGAUCGGUUAAUUUUCGAAUAUUCAAAAGGUUUAUCAAGUUAUGAAUUCAGAGAUUGGUAUUUUGUCAACCGUUUGAACUUAUGGUUAAGAAAAGAACAAAUUGCUAAAGCUUUCCCUCAUUACGAUAUCUUAAAUAAAGAUGGUAAUGUUGAUAAAGAUUUACUCUUGAAUAAAAUUAAUCACAUGUCUGAUAAUGAAGUUUUGAAAUUAUUAGAAGAUGACGAUAUUUUGGUUGAAUACUACUUAACUAAAGAAGUCACCGAUACUCAUGCUAGAGAAAAAGAAUUCUUAUUCGAUUCCAUGGGUAGAGAUAAUUCUAAUUUAGACCAAGACUUGAAAUUAAAAGAAGAAUACAAUCAAUUAACUUCAACCUUCAAAAUGUCAAAACCUUUAAGAAAAGCAUUAUGGGAUUUCGAAAACCUCGAAAGAUUAAAACAUCACAAGGAAGAUGUUUAA